CUCGCUCCUAAUCGACGCUUCUAUCUUCCAAAGAUGGACUGGCAAGGGCAAAAGCUAGCUGAGCAGCUAAUGCAGAUAAUGCUGCUUGCAUUUGCUAUGACUGCAUUUGCUACAGGAUAUGUCAUGGCUUCUUUCCAGAUAAUGAUCCUUGUAUAUGCUGGCGGUGUGAUUCUCACUACAUUGGUGACGGUCCCUAAUUGGCCCUUUUUCAACCGCCAUCCUCUUAAUUGGUUGGAUCCAAGUGAGGUAGAAAAGCAUCCAAAGCCACAACCACCAUCCUCUUCUUCUUCUCUAAUUUUCUCCACUGAAAUCUUAGCCAACACACAUCAGUGUGACGGCAAUCUCUCUCUUGGAAUAAGCAAAAGCACUACCCUUCUCUUACAAGACAACAAGGUGAUCAUACGCGCAACAAUCUUUUAUCUGAGUAAGGACGAUGGGUCAACCAAAAAAAAAAUAAUAGACUACAUAAAGCAAGAUUACGGGGAACUACCGAAUCUCCCGGAAUUGGUGGCUCUUAACUUGAAGCAUUUGACGGAGAGCGGAGAGGUCGAAAAGGUCAACAACAGUUACAGGUUCCUAGUAGUUCUGCUGAGCAUCCCAUGGAAGAAGAGGGAAGUGGGGGAUUGACUACCCAGGACGAGGCUUCUGUUGCUCCUCCUCCUCCUCUGUUGGGUUUUAAACUUUAUUUGAAUAAAAGAAAAUAGAAAAUGAAAGGUUUUUUGGUGAAGAGGUGUGUCUCUUAGGAAUUUGUUAGUGGACAUUAAUGAGUUUAAAGUUUCUAAGAAGUAGUCAUUAAUGUGUUUAGAUUUCCUAAGUUAGUCAUUAGUAUUUCUAGUUAUUUGCUAUUGCUUUUAAAUAGCACCAUGUAAAUCAUUUGAAAGUAAGGCUUGAAUGUUAAAAGAUAUACAAAGAGGUAUAUUCAGAGAACUCCUUGUGUGUUUGAAGUGUUUGAGAGAAACACCAUUAGAGGACCUGCGAUUCACAAAUUGGUAUCAGA